AUGAGUGACUUUAUUUAAAUCAUAGAAAAAGAAGUAAAAUCUGCAACAGAUUUGAUAGAAGUAGAAUCAUUCAUAAGAAAAUUUAUUUAUAACUAUUAUCAAACAAAUUAAUUAGUAGAUUAAUUAGCUAGAGAUUGUGAAUAUGAAAAAAUCAACUAAGAUGAUUAAAUAACUUUAUAAGAAGGAAUUUACUUUAUUGUUGAUGGAUAAUAUUAAUUACCAAAAAGAUUUAUUAAAAUGGCAAACUUUUUAGUAAUUCCACCACAUGAAAAAACUAUAUUUUUUGCUCUUUCUGAUAUUCAUCUUCUAUCUAUAAGAACUAAUUUUACUUAAUAUCUGAGUCAACUAAAAGAAUUGAGAACUGAUAUAAUAAUUGAGUUUUUAAGAAAAACUCUCUUUCCAAAUUUUCCUAGAAAUAGUGUUGCAAGAAUUUCAAAAUAUUUUUGUUUGACAUCUCUUCCUUUUAAACAUGUUAUAUAUAGAGAAAAUGAAGAAAGCAAAUUUGUAUAUUUAAUUAGAGAAGGAGAAAUAUAAGUAUUUAAUCCUAUUAAUUUAAUAGCUUUAAAGAGAUAAGAAAUAGUUAAAAUUAUUAGUAGAAAAUUAAAUAUUUGGGGAAUAUGAAGUUUUUUUUAAUAGAGUUAGAUUUACAAAAGCAGUGAGCAAUUCUAUUGUAUCUCUUUUAACUAUAAAAGCUGAAAUAGUAAAUAAUCAUAUAAUAUAAAGAGUUUUUAACUUUAUUAAAAGAAUAUCCCAUUUUAAAAUAACGUUUGCUGUGUUAAAGUGUUUUAAGAUAUGAAAUGAUAUACUAUCAACCUAAAUCGAUUGAAAAUAAUAAAGAUAGGAGAUAAAAUAAUAGUUUAUUGAAAAGAUAAAAAAAAGCAUUAAGAAGUCUUUCUCCAAAAUAAGAUUGUAUUUAGAUGUUUGAGAUGUCAUAAUAAAUUUAAAAAGAAAGAGUAAGGACUGGAUAUAAAGCUAUGCCAUUUUUUUAUAAUUACAGAGUGUCUAUUAAUGAAAAAUGUCCGACGGCUGUUUAAUCUCCUUAAUCAUCUACUGUAUUAAAUUUUUUGAUUUAUUAGAGAAGAAAACUAGAAACUACAAAUAGUGAUGUUUAAUUUAGAUCUUAAAGUCCAGCCACUUGUUAAAGAGUCUCAAAAAUAAUCUCAAGUAAACAUAAUAUGUUUAGACAACAGCCAACUCGGGAAUUCUUAUUACAAAAUUUCGUGAAUUAAUCUAAACCAUAAUUUUGA